UUAACGAGAGAAACCAAAAUGAAUCCACCACAUAACAAAUCAUCUCUCCCCUUUUCUAUUACAGAACAACAACAAACACAAGCACCACCACCACUCCAUAUAUCACCACCACCAAUCGACGGAAACAUAUGGCGGUCGACGGCGGUGGCUUUGCUCGCUGCAGAUGCCCCAUUAAUAGCACCAGAAGAAGCUAUUUUGCUUUUAGAGAUUUAAGCUACAAAAAAACGCCGCGAAUUUCUACUAAUCUCCGAAACGUUUCGAUGAUCUCUCUCUUCCGGAAAAACUUCCUCUUCUAUCCUCGCCGGCGAUCACUCUGCGGCAGCUAUCGCAUUUUAAGUAUGGAUGCUAGGGAAAAAUCAAGGUCAACAAUAUUGGAAUCGUCUAGGCAUAAGAGAGUUCCAGUAUUUGUAAUGAUGCCUGUCGAUAUUUUCGGUAUUGACUCUACUGGGACUCCUAGAAUUAGAAAAAUCAAGGCCUUAAGCAUAUCUCUAAAAGCACUCAAGUUGGCAGGUGUAUACGGAAUUGCAGUGGAGGUUUGGUGGGGUGUUGUUGAGCGUUUUUCGCCUUGUGAAUAUAAUUGGUUUCUUUAUGAAGAGCUGUUUAGACUAGUAUCUGAAUCUGGGCUGAAGUUACAUGUUUCUUUGUGUUUUCACUCAAACACGCACCUUUCUAUUAGAACUGGGGGUGUCAGUCUUCCACUGUGGAUACAAGAGAUUGGUGAUGACAAUAGAGAUAUAUACUACCAGGAUAAAAAUGGUUCUUCCAAUGAUGAUUAUCUUACAUUAGGAGUGGACAAACUUCCUCUGUUUUAUGGUCGGACUGCCCUUCAGUGUUAUGAAGACUUCAUGCUCAGUUUUGUUAACAAAUUUGACUCAUUUAUAGGAAGUGCUAUUGAAGAGAUCAGUGUUGGCCUGGGCCCUUCUGGAGAACUUAGGUAUCCUGCACAUCCUUCUGGUGAUGGUAGAUGGAAGUUCCCUGGAAUUGGUGAAUUCCAGUGCUAUGACAAGUACAUGAUGGAGGAUUUGAAGAUGACUGCUUGUCACGAAGGAAAGCCCCAGUGGGGAGACAAAGGACCUCAAAAUGCUGGUUGUUACAAUAGUCUUCCACCCGGUGUUCCCUUUUUUGAAGAUGGACAAGAGAGUUUUCUCUCUGAUUACGGUCGUUUCUUCCUUGAAUGGUACAGCGGUAAGCUGAUUUGUCAUGCAGAUGCUAUUCUGGCAAAGGCAGCAAAUGUGCUGCAGAAAUAUCAAGAAAACAAGCAAAACCCAGUUAUUCUAGUGGCAAAAAUUGGCGGAAUUUAUUGGUGGUACCAGACCCUAUCACACCCUGCCGAACUUACAGCUGGAUAUUAUAACACAGCUCUAAGGGAUGGUUACGAUCCUGUUGCUUCCGUGCUGUCUCGUCAUGGAGCUGCUUUGCAUAUAUCCUGCUUAGAAAUGAUGGAUAGUGAAACCCCACCUGCCUACUGUUGCAGUCCUGAAGGAUUACUUCAGCAGAUAAGGACUGCUUCAAAUAAAAGGAUACAUUUGAUUGGAAGAAAUACCAGCGAACGGUUUGAUCAGAAAGGACUUGGGCAAAUACUCGCUAAUUGUUAUCAUCCACAGGCAGAAGCUGUAAAGUCAUUUACUUAUUUCAGAAUGAAUCAUAAAAUUUUUGCAGUUGAAAACUGGAACAAUUUUGUUCCUUUCGUCAGAAAGAUGAGCACAGAUUUGUAAGUUACUUUUGAACUUGAUCUAACCACAAUUCUUUACAAAAUUGUCAAGAAUUGCAGCAUCUCUCCCCCCUAGAUUUUUUAACCUAGCAUCGGGGAUUGUAAAAGCUUAUGUAAAUUCCUAGUCCUUACUGAUUUAUCAUUGUAUCGUCAUUAUCUGUUAUAGCAGUGAGAUUAUGAUCUAA